AUGGACAAGGACAUGCGCAGAGCAUGGGAAGCAAACCAGAAGGCGGGAGAGUUGCCGACCUACGAGGCCACGAUCGUGUUCUUGAAGGAGAAGCGCAGAAUCGCGGACAAGCUGGAGCAGAACAGUGAAAGUGAAAAAGUGAAACCGCAACGGUCGGUAACAAAAACGAAGACCCUGGUGGUGGCCAGCGAGGGGAAGUGUUCAGUGUGCAACCAGGACCAUGAAGUGAUAAAGUGUGAACAGUUCAAGCAGAAAAGUGUGAACGAGAGGUACAGCCACUUGCGGAAGCAUGGCCUGUGCUUUAAUUGUCUGAGGAAGGGGCACCGCACCGAUGGGUGCACGUCGACGAACUCGUGCCAGAAGUGCAGCAAGCGGCACCAUACCCUGCUUCACACCGAUGGGCCAAAGAAGCAAGAACCGGCUGCAAACACGGCGUCAACGGUCAGCGCAGAAGGCCGCACUCAAUCCGUUCCACCGGCCACGGCGGGAUCGUCCCAGGCUGGCCAAGGUCUGACACUCUGCACCACAUCCGAAGCUCCAAGGAAGCAGACUCUACUCUCGACGGCUGUAGUGCUGGUUUACGGCGCCGGCAGCGUGCCCUACCUGUGUAGGGCGCUGAUUGACUCGUGUUCACAGAACCAUUUCGUGACCGAGCGCUUCGCCAACCUGUUGGCGAGCAAAAAGGAACGGGCUGAUUACCGAGUCAGCGGAUUGAACGGGGGAACUACCAGAAUCAGUCACCUGGUGCGCGCGAAGGUCAAGUCCCGCGUUGGCAACUUUGCUGCCGACCUCGAGCUCCUGGUGGCCCCGAAGAUCACUGGCGACGUGCCGGUGAAGACGAUCGACAUCGAUGGGUGGAACUUGCCACCAGACGUUGAACUUGCGGAUCCCAACUUCAACCAGCGAGGCCGAGUCGACAUGCUGCUCGGAGCGGGCAUAUUCUGGGAUCUCAUGAAGGCGAAGAGAAUCACGCUGGCGGCGAACCUCCCAUCGCUCAGAGACACGGAACUGGGCUGGGUGGUCGGUGGCGUGAUGUCUGAAGGAACACCAGUGAUCGCACGUACGUUCUGCACCGUGAACGAAGACGAAGAGCUGAACAAGCUGCUGAACCGGUUUUGGGAGAUCGAAGGAGUUGAAGAUCUGCGGCGACCGGUGACGUCGACGGCUGAAGAGUGUCUCGAGCACUUCCGGAGCACGUACAGUCGAAAGCCAGACGGGAGGAUUGUUGUUCGCCUCCCGUUCAACGAGCGCAAGAGUGACCUGGGCGUGUCACGAGAGAUGGCGAUUCGUCGGUUCCUGAACCUCGAGCGGCGGCUUGAUCAGCAACCCGACCUGAAACAAGAGUACGCCAAGUUUAUUCACGAGUACGAGCAGCUUGGACACAUGAAGGAAGUCGAUGUCGGACCGUCCGAACCACCUGGAUCCGCAUACUACCUGCCGCAUCACUGCGUCUUGCGGCCCAGCAGUAUUACAACGAAGUUGAGAGUCGUGUUUGACGGCUCUGCGAAAACGUCGACUGGAGUGUCCAUAAACGACGCGCUGAAGGUUGGCCCCACGGUCCAGAACGACCUGCUAUCGAUCCUGCUGAACUUCCGCUGCUACCGGUACGUCUUCACCACGGACAUCCCGAAGAUGUUCCGCCAGAUUGAGCUGCACCCCGAAGACACGCCGUACCAGCGCAUACUUUGGCGUGACGACCGAUCGCAGCUGUUGAAGGUGUUCGAGCUCAAGACGGUGACUUACGGCCUGGCGUCAUCUCCGUUCCACGCGACGAUGGCGUUGAACCAGAUUGCGGAGGAUGGCGAGAAGGAGUUCCCGUUGGCCUCGGCGGCACUGAAGAAAUCGUUCUACGUGGACGACGGACUCUGCGGAGCGCAGUGUGUAGAAGAAGCCCGAUUGCUGAGUCGAGACUUGCGUAAGCUGCUGAACACCGGCGGCUUUGAUGCGCACAAAUGGUGCGCAAAUGAUCCAGCGAUUCUCGAAGAAGUCCCGGAGAGCCUCUGGGGAACAACAUUCGACCUGAAGGACGCGGCUGCCAAGUCGGUCGUGAAGACGCUGGGUGUGGCGUGGAACGCGUCGCAGGACUGGUUCACCUUCACCGUGCUGCCCCCCGAGGAGGAGACGAAGCCGCUGACGCGGCAGAAGGUGCUCAGCGAAAUUGCCAAAUUCUUUGAUCCACUUGGCCUGGCUGGUCCGGUGGUGACAACUGCGAAGCUGAUCUUGCGGAAGGUCGGCACGUUGAAGAACAUCGGCUGGCUGGACCCGGUCCCGGAAAGUGUGGCCAACGAGUGGCGUCGAUUCCGGGAGCAGCUGCCUGCACUGAACGACUUCCGGGUCUCCCGGUGGGUCUACGACGAAGGGGCAGAACGCGUGGAACUCCACGGGUAUUCCGACGCGUCGGACGAUGCGUAUGGCGCAAGCGUGUACGCCCGCAACAUCUACCCGGACGGCAAGAUCACGAUGCGGUUGAUUUGCAGCAAGUCCAAGCUCCUCCCGAAGAAGGUCAAGAACGUCCCGAAAGAAAUCAGCACUCCAAAGGGUGAACUAGAGGGUGCGCUGCUUCUCGCUGAACUGGUUGACAAGCUGGUAAACGUCGUCGAUGUUUGCUUUGAUUCGGUGAAUUUUUGGUGCGAUUCACAAGUAGUGCUGAGCUGGAUCGCGAAGAAGCCCGAAGACCUGGAAUUGUUCAUGGCCAACAGAGUGAGGAAAAUCCAGCAGCUGACCAGCAAGUACCGGUGGGGAUACAUUCCGACGGAUGACAAUCCUGCCGACCUGAUUUCGAGAGGCGUGAUGCCCCAGAACUUGAUCCAGCGGGUCAUUUGGAAGGACGGGCCGGUGUCGAUGAACAAUCGCACAAUCGAGGUUGUGCAACCCCCCCUUCUCGACGGCGCGGACCUCCCGGGAUUGCGAUCCACGAAGUGUCUGGCGCUGGCGGCGCCGAUUCAGCGAUUGCGGAUCUUCGACAAGCUUGAGAUUUCCGUCGACUGCUGCGCAGCAUGA